AGCGCCACCAUUCAUUACAUUUCCUUUCCACCCGAACGCCCAACCAAACCCUAAACCAUUCUCCACUUCCUAACCAACCAUGAGAGAGAUCCUCCAUGUCCAAGGCGGCCAAUGUGGCAACCAAAUCGGCUCCAAAUUUUGGGAGGUCAUCUGCGACGAGCACGGUGUCGACCCCACUGGUCGAUACAAGGGAGACGGCUCCGCCGAUCUCCAACUCGAGCGCAUUAAUGUUUACUACAAUGAGGCUUCCGGUGGUAGGUAUGUCCCUCGCGCUGUUCUCAUGGAUCUGGAGCCUGGUACCAUGGACAGCAUCAGAUCUGGCCCCUACGGCCAGAUCUUCCGCCCCGACAACUUCGUCUUUGGGCAAUCGGGUGCCGGAAACAAUUGGGCGAAAGGUCAUUACACUGAGGGUGCGGAGCUCAUUGAUGCCGUUCUUGAUGUUGUGCGAAAGGAGGCUGAGAAUUGCGAUUGCCUCCAAGGUUUCCAGGUAUGUCACUCACUUGGAGGCGGCACAGGUUCUGGCAUGGGA